CACUAUAAAAUUACAAAUAUUCUCUCUCUGAUCUCCCUCCUCUUCCUGCAGAAACCUUGUUUAAUUAACCUGUCUCUUGUUGUGUAUUGAAGAGCCAGAGGCGAUUCUUGAUUUAGAUCUCGUCACUGAUUUUUACGCAAUUCUUUAUUGUAUCGAACAAACAAAUUACUACCCCAUAUAGUUGGACGCUCCAUUAGUUACUUCUCUGCUGCAUUCUCUUUCUCUUGAUUUUACUUUGAAUCUCCAGUCUUCAACGAAUCAAAACUGGUUGGUUGAUCUGAUUGGUUAGUUACUGGAGAUUGGUUUGGAUUUUACUCAAUUGCGUUCAGUUCUCUGCUUUUGAGACACCAAAAGGUGAUUCGGAAUCGUAGUUCUUCUGCGUGCUGAAUUCUUGAUUCGUGAGUAGGAUUGGAAUUCAGGUGCCUGGGACUCGGUUUAAUGAUUGUUUUAUAGUGAACUUAAGUUGUGUUAUUGGACUUCGGAAAAUGUGAGUACUGAUUGGUAUGAUUUUACUGAGAAAGAUCUCCGGAAGGUUGUCUUCAAUGCUUGUAGGAAUAGUGCGGAUUCGUGGUAACAUAUAUAGAAGCUCAUAUGUUAUGAUAGGUUAUGUUUUUUGCUGUUCUUGGAGAGACACCGGUUAUUUAGUGGAUUCUGUUUCCUCUUAAAAACAACUUUGGACAUGAGAAGCCCCUGGUUCAGUAAACUAUCUCUCAUUUUCGGCCUUAGACUGCCGCAUAGUUGGUUGCUUUUGUGCGUCAUUUGUGUACUUGCACUAAUUGCUAUUUUAGGAUCUACUUCAAGUACAUUUGAUUCUGUGACAAACACUCCAGUUCCUGACAUCUAUUCCAACUAUAGAAGGUUAAAGGAGCAAGCUGCAGUUGAUUAUUUGGAGCUGAGAACUCUCUCAUUAGGAGCUAGUCGGCAAAAAGAGCUGGGACUUUGUGGCAAAGAAAGAGAAAAUUUUGUGCCUUGUUACAAUGUUUCAGCAAAUUUGUUGGCUGGAUUUAAAGAUGGGGAGGAGUUAGAUAGACAUUGCGAAGUGUCAAGACCAAGACAAUGGUGUUUGGUUCGCCCCCCAAAGGAUUAUAAGAUCCCCUUAAGGUGGCCUGCUGGUAGGGAUGUCAUAUGGAGCGGUAAUGUGAUGCUUACCAAGGACCAGUUUCUUUCAUCUGGAAGCAUGACAAAAAGGUUGAUGUUAUUGGAAGAGAAUCAAAUUGCUUUUCAAUCAGAAGAUGGAUUGGUGUUUGAUGGCGUCAAAGAUUAUUCUCGCCAGAUUGCAGAGAUGAUAGGUUUAGGAAGCGACUCAGAAUUUCUUCAAGCUGGUGUGCGAACUGUACUGGAUAUUGGUUGUGGAUUUGGUAGCUUUGGAGCUCAUUUGGUAUCGCUGAAGUUAAUGGCUGUUUGUAUUGCGGCAUAUCAAGCAACUGGCAGUCAAGUUCAGCUGGCCCUUGAGAGAGGUCUUCCGGCAAUUAUUGGAAACUUCAAUUCACGGAAACUUCCAUAUCCAUCAUUGUCGUUUGAUAUGGUUCAUUGUGCUCAAUGUGGUAUUAAUUGGGAUGAAAAAGAUGGUAUGCUUCUUAUUGAAGUUGAUCGACUUCUCAAGCCUGGAGGUUACUUUGUUUUAACCUCACCAAUGAGCAAGCCUCAUGGGAGUGCGUUGAACUCAAAGAGGAGAAACAUAGUGACGGUGAUGGAAGCAUUAACUGAAAAAAUAUGUUGGAAUCUUCUAGCUCAGCAGGAGGAGACUUUUGUCUGGCAGAAAACUGUGGAUGUCAAUUGCUAUAAAUCCCGUAAGCAGGACACACCACCACUAUGCAAUGAUGGGCACGAUGCUUCACCAUAUUAUCAACCCCUUGUGGCAUGUAUAACUGGAACCACCAGCAAACGCUGGAUUCCCAUUCAGAAGAUGUCUUUGGGUUUCCAUUUGAACUCGGCUGAGCUUCAAGUUCAUGAAGUUCAGCCUGAAGAUUUCUUUGAAGACUUACAGGUUUGGGGAUCAGCUCUAAGAAACUACUGGUCUUUGCUUACACCCUUAAUUUUCUCUGACCAUCCUAAGAGGCCAGGGGAUGAGGACCCAUUACCUCCAUAUAACAUGAUACGAAAUGUGAUGGACAUGAAUGCUCACUAUGGGGGUCUAAAUGCUGCAUUUCUGGAGGAAAAGAAAUCAGUGUGGGUGAUGAAUGUUGUGCCUGUUUGGGCUCAUAAUACACUUCCUCUAAUACUUGACCGAGGUUUUGCUGGUGUUUUGCAUGAUUGGUGUGAGCCAUUCCCUACAUACCCCCGUACAUACGACAUGCUUCAUGCCAAUGGGCUUCUCUCACAUCUUAGUUCAGAGAGAUGCCGCAUGAUGGACUUGCUUUUAGAGAUGGAUAGAAUUCUACGCCCUGAGGGAUGGAUUGUUCUUUCUGAUAAAUUGGGAGCUAUAGAGAUGGCACGGGCACUUGCUACACAGAUACACUGGGAAGCGAGGGUUAUUGACUUGCAGAAUGGUAGUGACCAGAGGUUACUUGUCUGUCAGAAACCAUUUGUGAGAAAAUGAUUGAUCUAGCAUUAAGUGGUCUCGCCAUCACCAAAGUGUACAAACUUAUUUUGCUCUGGUCAUGAAUCUUUUUUGAUAGUAUCACCAUGUUGCUCGGGGAAGCUGUAAAGUAAAAGGGAGGCUGGCUGCACAAGUAGCUGAGAAGCAUGCAAUUUUUGUCAAGGCAUUUGUUGUAAUUCAUUCAUCAUUUUUUCAAAGCAAAUUCUUUUUUCUCAAAAAAAAAAAAUUACCCUGUAUUGAAAAUUAACUACAGUGGAUGGAGAAUUAGCAAAACCACGAAAUGUUAGUUAAACAAUAUUCUCUCUUGGGUUGGACUUGGGUGUUUGAAGUUGGUGGGGGCUAAACCCUAAAGGGAUCUUGCCAAGUUUAUUGUUUUAGGUGUGUAAUGUUUAGAAGGUGAGGUCUAAAGCUUUCAAGUUUCCAGUGAAUAUGUUUAUACAGUUGUAAUUUCUGUACCUGAACUUAGUGUUUCUUCAUUCUGAAAGUGAUUCAUUUUGCUGA